UUUGGUGCGUCUCCUCCGUCCACCUGCCCGGGAGCGCGCGCGUCGGGAACGAGGAGCACCUGGAGGCAUGUCGCGAUGCUGUGCACAAGGAGAACUAAAACUUUGGUGUCGACGUGCGUGAUCCUCAGCGGCAUGACCAACAUCGUGUGCCUCCUGUACGUCGGCUGGAUCACCAACUACGUGGCCAACAGCGGCCCCAAAGUCGCGGAGAGCGGCGGCGGCGGCGUCGGCGCGGAGGCGGACAGAAAGUUGGAGGAGGACGGCAAAGGAGAAACCCUGAAGAUCAUCGAGAGGCUGGAGCGGCUGGAGAGCGUGGUGAAGGAGCACAUCAAAGAUGCCCCUCAGAAGGAUGGUGAAGAUGCAGCAUCUUCAUCAGACUCUGCCUCAGACUCCGCCCCCUCGCUGUUCAACCACUGGGGUCACGACCUCGGCCCCGAGAGCAGAAGAGUCGCACUCAAAAAGUUUCGUUACUAUGGAUACAACGGCUACCUGAGUGACCGCAUAUCCCUGACCAGGCCCAUUCCAGACCUACGACCCGACGGAUGCAAAAACAUGUCGUACUCAUCAGACCUCCCUCAGCUCAGCGUAAUCUUCAUCUUUGUCAACGAAGCCCUGUCCGUUCUGUUGCGCUCCGUCCACACCGUAAUCCAGAGGACGCCGGCCCACCUCCUCAAAGAGAUCAUACUGGUGGACGACCACAGUAACAGCCUGGAGCUGAAGGAGCACCUGCAGAGUUUUGUGGAUGAGACCAACGCUCAGCACGGCCCCGGGUUCGUCAAGGUGGUCCRCCACGACAAGCAGGAGGGCCUGAUCAGGUCCAGGGUCAGUGGCUGGAGGACGGCCUCGGCUCCUGUGGUGGCUCUGUUCGACGCACACGUGGAGUUCAACACCGGCUGGGCAGAACCCAUUCUGCAGAGGAUAAAGGAGGACCGGACCCGCGUGGUGUCUCCGUCGUUCGACAACAUCAAGUACGACACGUUCGAGAUCGAGGAGUACCCGCUGUCCGCUCAGGGCUUCGACUGGGAGCUUUGGUGCCGGUACCUCAACCCACCCAAGUCCUGGUGGGUUCUACGCAACCACACAGCGCCCAUCAGGAGUCCGGCUCUGAUUGGCUGCUUCGUGGUGGACAGGAAAUACUUUGAGGAGAUUGGGCUGCUGGAUGAGGGCAUGGAAAUUUACGGAGGAGAAAAUGUGGAGCUUGGCAUCAGGGUGUGGCAGUGCGGCGGCAGCGUGGAGGUCCUGCCCUGCUCCAGGAUCGCCCACAUCGAGCGCGCCCACAAACCCUACACGGAGAACCUGACGGCCCACGUGCGCCGCAACGCCCUGAGGGUGGCCGAGGUGUGGAUGGACAACUACAAGAGUCACGUCUACAUGGCCUGGAAUGUCCCGCUGCAGAACUCAGGAAUAGACAUCGGGGACAUCUCUGAGAGAAAGGCCCUUCGCUCCAAACUCAGGUGUCGACCGUUCAGCUGGUUCCUCUCCAACAUCUACCCCGAGCUGCGCUCCUACAGCAACACUGUCGCUUACGGAGUGUUGAAGAACAGUUUGAGGAAUGACCUCUGUCUGGACCAGGGACCGGACACCGACAACGUGCCCAUCAUGUACCUGUGCCACGGCAUGACGCCUCAGCAGAACGUGUACUACACCAGCUCCCAGCAGCUCCACCUGGGCGUUCUGAGUCCGACCAUUGACGAUGACGACAACAAGUGUCUGGUGGACGUGAACAGCAGGCCCAGGCUGCUGGAGUGCAGCUACGCAGCCACCAAACACAUGAAGCUCACCUGGACGUUCGCUCAGGGCGGAGCCGUUCAGAACUUGGAGUCUCAGCGUUGUUUGGAGCUGGUGGAGAGCAAACAGUCGGAGUUCACCUUCCAGCUGGCCAUUCAGGACUGCACGGGUCAGAAAUGGACCAUCACAAACAUACUGACCGUCCUGCCGCAGUGACACCGGACUCAGCUCGGAUCUGCGGACCGUGCCGGACCGAGAGCCGAAUGUCAGUUGUGGAGUUCAGACGGAGCUGGACGAGUCCAAAACCAGUUUUAGGAUCAGGUGGUGACCUGACAACCAAACAGACGCUCCCAGACACAACAGAUGCAGUUCAAACCUCCCAUCCUGCAGCCAAAAUGAGAAAUAUUGUUUGUUUU